CCUGGAUUCCAAACCGUUAUUCGAACCAAAACCCCGCAGGUGAUCCGGAGCGUCAGAAACCUGCCGCUCACAGGAAUGUAUAACUUCUCUGUGAUGACAAGAGGCUGCGCUGCUCUGUAACUGCAGGGGCAGAGAGAUAAAGUGGAUUCUAGGAUUAAAUGACUGAAAUUUGGUGCAAGGAUGCUGAUGCGGAGCCAGAUCGAAUCCCCGUGGACACAUUUGGUUGAGAUGCUGUGGUGAUGUGACAAACAGCUGGAGUCGGACAACAUCUGUGUGACCUGUGACACUGAGAGUGAACAGCUGCUCCUGCUGCGGAGAGAAAGGUUCCAGGAAGAAUAUGAUACUGCUACUGUGGUUACCUCAAAGCUGACUGAUCAUAUCACUGCUCCCUUUCCCUGCUGCUCGACUUACUACAACAUGGCGAGGGGUUUGAACCCCCCUAUCAGCUUCGGCCUCUGCUUGCUCUCUCUGCUGAUGCUUAAGAGCUGCUGGCUGCUAGGCUCCACAUCUCAGAAGCCCGUCGACUCCCAGCCGCCCCAGCAGGAGUAUGCCUCCUCCAUCCGCCUGGAUGGCGACAUCAUCCUGGGUGGCUUGUUCCCUGUGCAUGCUCGCGGUGAGAGGGGCGUGCCUUGUGGCGAGCUGAAGAAAGAAAAGGGCAUCCACAGGCUGGAGGCAAUGCUGUUCGCCAUCGACCUCAUCAACAAGGAUCCAGACCUGCUACCCAACGUUACUCUCGGGGCACGAAUUCUGGACACAUGUUCGCGUGACACCUAUGCUCUGGAGCAGUCACUCACUUUUGUCCAGGCACUCAUUGAGAGGGAUGGAUCUGACGUGCGCUGCUCUAACGAUGUCCUGCCCAUCUUUGCCAAACCAGAUAAGGUGGUGGGCGUCAUUGGAGCGUCUGCCAGCUCUGUGUCGAUCAUGGUGGCCAACAUCCUGCGACUGUUCAAGAUUCCUCAGAUUAGCUACGCUUCAACAGCUCCAGAGCUCAGCGACAACUCCCGCUAUGACUUCUUCGUCCGGGUGGUCCCUCCAGACUCCUACCAGGCUCAGGCCAUGCUGGACAUCGUGACGGCAAUGGGCUGGAACUACGUGUCCACGCUCGCCUCCGAGGGAACCUAUGGCGAGAGCGGCGUAGAGGCCUUUGUCCAGAUCUCCAGGGAUUCAGGUGGGGUCUGCAUCGCCCAGUCUCUGAAGAUUCCUCGGGAGCCGAGACCCGGCGAGUUCGACAAGAUCGUCCUGCGUUUGAUGGAGACACCCAACGCCCGUGCUGUCAUUAUGUUUGCCAAUGAGGACGACAUCCGGCGAGUCCUGGAUGCGGCGAAACGCAACAACCUGACGGGCCACUUCCUGUGGGUGGGCUCUGACAGCUGGGGCUCAAAGAUAUCUCCAGUGGUCCAGCAGGAGCGGGUGGCGGAGGGCGCCAUCACCAUCCUCCCCAAGAGGGCGUCAGUGGAUGCGUUCGACCGCUACUUCAAGAGCCGCUCUCUCUCCAACAACCGAAGGAACGUCUGGUUUGCCGAGUUCUGGGAGGAAAAUUUCAGCUGCAAGCUGGGGAUGCACGGCAAGAGACUAGGCAGCCCCAAGAAAUGUACAGGGUUGGAGAAAGUCGGCCGUGAGUCCACCUACGAGCAGGAGGGGAAGGUGCAGUUUGUGAUGGACGCCGUGUACGCCAUGGCCCACGCUCUGCACCACAUGCACCGCGAGCUCUGCGCCGGAUCCCCCGGGCUGUGUCCGCGUAUGGCCAACAUCGAUGGCAAAGAACUGCUGGCUCACAUCUGCGCUGUUAACUUCAAUGGAAGUGCAGGGACUCCUGUCAUCUUUAACAAGAAGGGCGAUGCCCCUGGACGCUAUGACAUCUUCCAGUAUCAGAUCAACGACGGCUCGACAGCAGAGUACAAGGUCAUCGGACACUGGACUAAUCAGCUGCAUCUAUAUAUGGAGGCCCUGCAGUGGACCAGCGGCGAAUCCUCUCUUCCUGUCUCCGUGUGCAGUCAGCCAUGCCGGACUGGCGAGAGGAAGAAGGUGGUGAAGGGCGUCCCAUGCUGCUGGCACUGUGAGCGCUGUGAGGGAUACCACUUCCAGGCCAGCGAGUUCACCUGCGAGCUCUGCCCCUACGAAAAGAGACCAGACCAGAAUCGCACCGGCUGCCAGUCCAUUCCCAUCAUCAAACUGGAGUGGCACUCGCCCUGGGCGCUUGUUCCAGUCUUCAUCUCCGUGCUGGGGAUCAUUGCCACUACCUUCGCCAUUGUCACCUUUGUCCGCUACAACGACACCCCCAUCGUGCGUGCCUCAGGGCGGGAGAUGAGCUAUGUACUUCUGACAGGUAUCUUCCUGUGCUACAUCAUCACCUUCCCCAUGAUCGCUGCGCCAGAUGUCGCUGUCUGCUCGUUCCGGCGCAUCUUCCUUGGCCUCGGCAUGUGCUUCAGCAAUGCUGCGCUGCUCACCAAGACCAACCGCAUCCAUCGCAUCUUUGAGCAGGGCAAGACGGCAGUGACAGCACCACGCUUCAUCUCACCUGCCUCCCAGCUUGUCAUCACCUUCUCACUCAUCUCAGUCCAGCUCCUGGGCGUCCUAUUGUGGUUCACUAUCGACCCACCGCACACUUUUGUGGAUUAUGGAGAGCAGCGGACUCAGGAUCCUGAGAACGCACGUGGCGUGCUCAAGUGUGACAUAUCUGACCUGUCGCUCAUCUGCUCUCUGGGAUACAGCAUCCUCUUGAUGGUCACGUGCACCGUAUACGCCAUCAAGACACGUGGCGUGCCAGAGACCUUCAACGAGGCCAAACCCAUUGGAUUUACUAUGUACACAACCUGCAUCAUCUGGCUUGCAUUCAUCCCCAUCUUCUUUGGCACAGCACAGUCAGAAGAGCGGAUGUACAUCCAGACGGCCACGCUGACCAUCUCCCUCAGCCUCAGCGCCUCCGUCUCUCUGGGCAUGCUCUACAUGCCGAAGGUCUACAUCAUCAUCCUACACCCUGAGCAGAACGUCCCGAAACGCAAGCGCAGCUUUAAGUCCAUCGUCACCGCCGCCACCAUGACCAGCAAGCUGUCACAUCUGGCAGCUGAGCGGCCUAACGGCGAGGUCAAGACGGAGCUGUGUGAGGGGGUGGAGGCCAGCGUGCCUCCAACAAAAACCACCUACGUCAGCUACACCAACCACGCCAUGUGAGGGAACGACGCCUCGGACAAAAGGACCUCCUUCACAGGGAGUUUUCUGUCAGACAGAGGAGAUGUCACCAGAGCCAGGAAAGAGAUGCUCUGCAUAAUGUGAAGGAACAGAGCAGCUGACAAAUUGAACCAACAGUUGUGUGGUGUCUUUGUGUUUACAGACCGUGGGCUUGUAAGGCAUGUAAGGACGCGUGGAAGCUAGAGGAUGGUAACCUGAAAAAAGAAGUCCUCAAAAAGAAAUACAAAAAAAAGAAAUUAUGGAGACCAACCAUACUUGUUGUUAUUCUAAUUGUAUGUAAACAAAUUUGUGGUUGUGAAAACUUCUGAUUCUUGUCUCAUGUCGUGCGUCCGUCGACCUGCAUUUUGAGAUGAGUCCGUCGGUGUUCUCGGGUAACUGAACCGUAGCUUUUGGUUGUGAAAUGUCUAAAUGCCCUGGUUGAACUGAAGCAUGCUACUUUUUAUACAAAUGAUUUAUUUAUAAUAAAAGAAUGUUUCUGUAGUCUGCGUCGUCUUUGGGUCUGUUUGGUCAGUUUACAUCUGAGCUGAAACAUAAAAACUU